UUCAAAAUAGUAAAACUUGGGAUUCAAUGGAGGACAAUAAUGGAGUCUUUCCAAUAUUAAAGUUAAGCUUUGAUCAUCUCCCAACACCAUUUCUAAAACAAUGUUUUGCAUAUUGUUCAAUUUUUCCCAAGGAUUUUGUUAUUGAAAAGAAACUACUAGUUCAACUCUGGAUGGCUGAAGGAUUCCUUCAAACAUCUAAAAGAUGUUUUUUGGAGAUGGAGGAUAUUGGCAACAAGUAUUUUGAUUUGUUAUUGGCAAACUCCUUAUUUCAAGAUCCAGAAAAGGAUUUUUGUGGUGAUAUUACAAGGUGCAAAAUGCAUGAUCUUGUGCACGAUCUUGCGCUCUCAAUUUCGGAAGGAGAAACCUUGCAUUUGGAAGGAAAUUUGGGGGAUGACAUUGAUGCCUCUCAUAUUCGACGUUUAUCUCUUAAAUCUAAUGACCAUACGACACAUGCAAUCCCAUUAUCUAAAGAUGGCAUGGGUAGGUUACGCACAAUUUUUUUGAAUUGUGUUGAUCUUGGCGACAAGUUAUUGGAGUUUAAAUGUGUACGUGGUCUAUCGUUAUCUGGGUCAUGUAUAAAAGAGCUAUCCAACUCCAUUGGUAAGUUGAGACAUUUAAGGCUUCUUCGCAUCGAGGACACCUACAUCAAAUUAAUACCCAAUUCUGUUACCGUCCUCUACAACUUGCAAACUCUAGUAAUCAAGAAUUGUCGUUUUCUCAAAGAGCUUCCAAAAGAUCUACGAAACUUGAUUAACUUGAGACAUAUUGACAUUGACAAUUCCAAUAGCUUUGACUUUCUUCAUUGGUACGGAAUGAAAUUGCCGAUUGAUUUGGGCCGGUUGACUUGCCUUCAAACAUUGCCUUUCUUUCACAUUGGUCAAGACGUUGGUGGUCAAAUUGAAGAAGUGGGAUGCUUAAGCCAACUUAGAGGAGAAUUACGUAUUCACAAUCUAGAGCAUGUGAAAGAUAAAGAAGAAGCCAAAACUGCAAAUUUAGCGGUAAAGUCAAAAGUACACAAAUUGGGAUUCUAUUGGAGUUGUUAUAGAGGGGAAGGCAACAGCAAUGACGAGGAUGUAAUGGAAGGCCAUCAGCCUCACCCAAAUUUGAAAAGCUUAGAGAUAGAUAAUUUCAAUGGUGAGAAGUUCCCUUCGUGGCUAUUGGGGAGUGAUAAUAUUAGGGGUGGCUUGUUACUUUUCGAUCAUCUAUUGGAGAUUCGCUUAAACUCCUGUAGGAAGUGUGAAAAAAUUCCUACACUUGGACAUUUACCCAGUCUCAAAGUUCUUGAAAUAAUGAGAAUGGUUAACGUGAGAUGCAUAGGAACUGAAUUUUACAGCAGUUUUGAUGGUGAGGGAUCAAGUAAUAGUAGAGGUGGCAGUGGCAGUGGCAGCACCGUGUUGUUCCCUGCUUUGGAAACACUUGUUUUGGAGGGCAUGGAUAAUCUAGUAGAAUGGACGGAACCAACAGCAGAAAUGGGAAUGAUAUUUCCUCGCCUUAAGAAAUUGAAGGUUUGGGAAUGCUGGAAACUAACAAGUGCUCCACGUCAUUUUCCGUCUAUUAAGGAAUUAAUUAUUUACGAAAUCAGAGGCCUAGCAUUUGAAAAGAUUAUUAGCGAGCUUACCACACUCACAUCCAUCCAGAUUCAGAAAGUUUCAGAACUUGCUUGUCUGCCACAGCAUUUUUUGCAAAAAAAUACAAGUCUCAUGGAUUUGAAUAUAUGUUAUUGUGCUGAUUUGGAGUCAAUCUUGCCACAUGAGCAUGUAUGGCCCAUCUGCACCUCUCUCCGAUCACUCUCUAUACAUGGCUGUCACAAACUGAGUACAUUGCCAGAUGCACUGCACAACCUUCAUUGCCUUGAGGAUAUUGAGGUAUAUCGCUGUCAUAACCUGAGGUCCUUUCCAAGUAUACAAGGUAUCGCAUCCCUUCUUCAACACUUGCGGAUAUGCUGUGGUGAUGUAGUUCUACCAACUGGGCUACAAUCCUGUAUGUCUCUUCAAUAUUUGAUUAUAUGCAAUUGCCCUCAUCUGAUAUCAAUUCCAGAUCUACGAAAUUUGCAUUCUCUUAUCCUUUUAGAAAUUGACAGUUGCCCUAAUCUGAUAUCGAUUCCAGAUUUGAAAGACUUGCCUUCUCUUACCCGAUUAGAAAUUAGGAGUUGUUCUAAAUUGAAAUCAAUUCCAGAUUUAAAAGAAUUGCCUUCUCUUACCGGAUUAGAUAUUUGUGAUUGUUCUGAUUUGGUAUUGAUUCCAGAUCUAAAAGAAUUGUCUUCUCUUACCCAACUAAGAAUUUCUGGUUGUCAUAAUCUGAUAUCAAUUCCAGAUAUACGUCAACUUCGUUCUCUUACCCAAUUAGGUAUUCGCCGAUGCCAAAAUAUGAGGUGUGUGCCAGAUGGAUUAGAGUGCCUCACCCGCUUCAAGUGUUUGUGGAUCGGUGACUUUUGUCAGGAGUUAAAUUCUUUCCCAAGUCUCAAUUCCAUCCGACACUCACAUGCGCCCCUUCAAAGAUUACAUUUGUAUGGAUGGGAUAGUCUCAACUCUCUCCCAGAGGCAAUUAAAUACUUCACUGCCCUUCAAAUUCUAGAAAUAUCUGAAUUUGGUGAAAUCAUCUCUUUGCCUGACUGGUUAGGCAACCUUUCUUCUAUUCAAGAGCUAUAUAUUUAUAAUUGCAAGAACCUGAUGUAUCUGCCUAAAACGCAAGCCAUGCGACGUCUCAUCAAACUAGAACAACUAUCCAUUUUUCAAUGCCCCAAAUUGGAGGAAAGAUGUGCAAAAGGGAGUGGCGCAGAGUGGUCUAAGAUUGCCCAUAUUCCGAAAUUUUCUUCUAAUACUUGGAUGGAUCAUUAUAAUUCAUAGCACAGUUUAAAACAAUUAGGAAUGCUGCUAUGAUUACAAGCUCGCCCCAAUUUGCACACCAGCACAGAGUGGUCUGAAAUUGAUGGAAAAUAUAUUGAAGGUUUGUAGCGCAGAUUGAUCCUAGACAGAUGAGUGGUAACAUUGUCAAACAGGAGGCACUCUGAGUGGUAAGUUUAAAUAUUAAAAGUGAUGAGUGGUAAGUUUAGUCAUACCUUAUAUACUCUUUUCUUCUUUUUAUCUGAUAUGAUAACGUCAUUUGAUUUAAAUCAAGUAUCAACAUAAUUUGCCCUGAAUUUUAACUUUCUCUUAACUUUUACCAUAAUGUGUAAGCAGCGGGGAUGGCAUACCCAUUGUGUUCUGCUCCAGGAAAAUGGAAAGUUCAUAACUCAUAAGAGCUAAAACUGCAAAGCAUUUAUUGUCCCCAUCUAAAGGAAGGAUGUGUGAAGGGAAAGAGCCAAGUGGUCCUAAAUUUGCACGAAGAAAAUAAGUUUGCCAAAUGUUAUGGAUAUACCUGGCCACAAUAUAUAAAAUGGAUAAGGAAGGAAAUAUAAUGCCUCACCAUAUAGUGGAAACUGCAGAUUUUUGUUGUCCCCCAUUAAAAGGAUGUGCCAAGGGAAAAUUGAAAAGAGCCAGGGUGGUCCAAGAUUGUCCAAAUACAAUACAAAUAGAAAGAUUGUUCAUAUUUUGUCAUAGAAAUUCACUGGGAUAGUUUCAGGUACUCAUUUUUUAGCCGGGAGAAUUGAGAUCUACUUAAGCACAAAUAGUUGCAGGGCUAUUUUGUAGUUAUUUUCAACUGGGAGGAUAGUUCAAAUCUAUUUGGAACAAGUCGAGAGUUGAAGAUUUCAGAAAACUUUUCUACAAAACCAGCUACUUUCAAGCCAAAAUUGGAAGGUCAACUCCUAUUUUGAUAAAAUUUCAAAAUGUUGGUCCUGACAAAGAAAGCCUCGUGUUGACUGGUGUUGCUUGAAAUCCCUCUCCAUUUGCAUGGAUGGUAGGACCCACUUCGUGAGAUCUUUUCUAGUUGUUAUUGUUAUUGUUGUAAUCCAAGAAUGGCUUCUUCUUCUUCUUUUUUUUUUUCUUUUUUUUUUUGUAGACUCUAGCAUUUGUUCUAGAAAGAUUGUUAUAAACACAUUAUUCUAUAGUGGAAGAUUUUACUGGACUAGGUCCCGUGGUUUUUCCCUUCCCAUUGAAGGGUUUUCCACGUAAAAAUUUGGUAUCUUGAUUGUGGGUUGUUUCUACACUUUUAUUUU